CGCGGUCGGACGGCGGCCGCGCCGCGCCCAUGGCCACGCCGAGCGGCGUCAUUGAUCGGGAUCCACCACCGGGUCCCCCAAAAUCGGCGCCGUGUCGCCACUGACGGCCGCAGCGGCGGGCGACGUCUGACGGUGAUGCUGACGGGGGCGACGCCCUGACAGCUCGCGAUGGCGCCCCGGGGCGCCAGCCUGCUGCUGCUGGUGGCGCUGGGCGGCGCGCUGACCGCCGCCAACUCGGACGCGUCGCGCCUCUACGACCACCUGCUCUCCAACUACAACAAGCUGGUGCGGCCCGUGGUGAACAACACGGACAAGCUGCAGGUGUUCAUCAAGCUCAAGCUCUCGCAGCUCAUCGACGUGAAUUUGAAGAGCCAGAUUAUGACAACCAAUCUCUGGGUGAAACAUGCGUGGUACGAUUACAAGCUCACCUGGGGACCGGAGAAGUACGGCGGCGUGGAGAUGCUGCACGUGCCCUCCGACUACAUCUGGAGACCCGACAUCGUGCUCUACAACAAUGCCGACGGCAACUUCGAGGUUACGUUGGCGACGAAGGCCAAGCUGCACUACAACGGUCUGGUGGAGUGGGAGCCGCCGGCCAUCUACAAGUCCUCCUGCGAGAUCGACGUCGAGUACUUCCCCUUCGACGAGCAGACGUGCGUCAUGAAGUUCGGCAGCUGGACGUACGAUGGCUUCCAGGUCGAUCUGCGCCACUUUGACGAAGUGGAAGGAUCAGAUCUGGUGGAGCAGGGUGUCGAUCUCUCAGAGUUCUACAUGUCCGUUGAAUGGGAUAUCCUUGAUGUACCAGCCGUUCGGCACGAGAAGUUCUACACGUGCUGUGACGAGCCCUACCUGGACAUCACGUUCAACAUCACCAUGCGGAGGAAGACGCUGUUCUACACCGUCAACCUCAUCAUCCCCUGCAUGGGCAUCUCGUUUCUGACCGUGCUGACGUUCUACCUGCCUUCGGACAGCGGAGAGAAGGUGACACUGUCCAUCUCGAUCCUCAUCAGCCUGCACGUGUUCUUCCUGCUGGUGGUGGAGAUCAUUCCCCCGACGUCCCUGGUCGUGCCGCUGCUCGGCAAAUACCUCAUCUUCGCCAUGAUUCUCGUGUCGAUAAGCAUCAUGGUGACGGUGCUGGUGCUGAACGUGCACUGGAGGUCGCCGCAGACGCACCGGAUGGCGCCCUGGGUGCGGCGGCUCUUCAUCCAGCUGCUGCCCCGGCUGCUGGUGAUGCGGCGGCCGCGACGACUGCGGCGCAGCCCCCGUCUGCGUGAGGGCGGGACGGGGCUGCUGUACGAGCCGUCGGCCCCGUCCGCGGAUGACGCGCCAGGUCCGCCGGAGCGCUCCCCCACCCUCACUCUGGACCUGGACCGAGGCUUCGCGGACAUUAUUAAUCCGUCUUGCCAAGUUCACGGCAAGCAGCUCCAGAACAGGUGUCGUAGUGCUGCCCUCAUGCCGUCAAGUAUGCAGUUGGAGUCCAGAAUUUGCUCGCCAGAGGCGCACCGUGUUAGCUGGUGCGUCAGCUUCAUCUCUGAAAACACUCGGGUGAAAGAGGACCAGCAAUUGGUUCGAGAGGACUGGAAAUACGUGGCGAUGGUGCUGGAUCGGCUGUUUCUGUGGGUGUUCCUGCUGGCCGUGGUGCUGGGUACUGCCGGCAUCAUCCUACAGGCGCCAUCUCUCUACGACGACCGUCUGGCGCUCGACCAGCGCUACUCGGAGAUCAGACGGCACCGCCGCAAGUAGGCCGCGCCGAGAACUACAGACUCUUGGUUACCUCGCUAGGUGGCAGUGCUGAGAAACUGAACUCAAUCUGCGCCUCGACGAGUUUUACGUACAAGAGGCGGACAGCUGGACGGCGUAAUUAGGUAGACGCUUCGGUUUGUGCGGUAAUGACAAACGAACAUGUGAGUGGAGUGCUGUGUAGUGAACCGUCUUUUACAGAACAUGGCAGGGAGUGAAUGAAAUUUCGCUGGGCUCGGUGCUCAAUUGUUAAGUGCAGGCAUUCAUCAGACAUUUUAUAUGCAGUUUUAAUAAGAACGUACCUACCCUUUGAUAAGUAAUAGUUGAUGCGCUAUUUAUGCACAUUAAACUUGGUUCCAUUGGAACCUAGCAACGUGAAGUUAGCACUCAAACGUCAAUAGUGGACGGGACGUCCGAACGUUUUCUUCUCUAAUAGAAAAUAUGUGCAACGCAGGACCUCCCCGUGCUGUUAUGUUACUUGAUCCUCCCCGGAUCUACUAGCAUUUCACAAGCUUUGGCUUAGGUUCGUAAGUGAAGUAGGCUCACUGAACAGAGCGCGAAUGCUGUUGUGCGAGCAUGACGAAAUGCACUCGCAUGUCCCUCGACAAAAAAAGUGUAGCAUGCAUUGGACACCGACGACCUGGACGAGGGUCGGCCUGCCCGACUUUGUGUGAGAAGUGACUGCCUCGCAUCACCAUGCUCAACUUUGCGUUGCCGUUAAGGUGGCGAUGACAGCUAGUCGGUUCGCCACGCCCCGGCAGCUCAGUGAGAGGCCGCACCAGCUGCUCAAGAACAGUGUUUAUCGAUCGCAGUGAAGUCAGGCUUGUUUGAAGCUUGCUCACGUGCGGUAACCAACGGUCGCGGGGCAGUGUUCAUGUCCCAUCGCAAGAUACCUCGUGACCCGUUUUAAAGCAUGACGGAUGCUGCCCAAAUGCUCGUGCUCGUGUGUACUGUGAGUACGGCCGUAGCGGUCGUCGAUCCAGUGCUCUCUUCUUCCCAGAAACAAUACACAGCUGACUAGAAA